UUAAAUAUUUCCUUGAAAUGAAAUUCAGUAAAACUGAGGUGCUUCCCGUUCUUGUGUAAAUAAUUCGGGGUCUCCUUUUCGUACCAAUGAAUCUGAGGUUUUUUUUGUAUUAAUUGGUGAAAUAUUUAUGGAAUAUAGGAUGAAGUGAUGAGUAAACAAUGAAGCAGUACUCUUAAUAUUUAUAUUUGUGCAAUAAGGUGUCGUUUAAAUGAACUGUGAAUAUACUUCAAAUGGAAAGGAUUGUUAUUCAUGAGUGUCUUAUACACGUACAAAGUGAAUCUAGUUGUAACGAUGGCAAUUAUACGAAACUGCAAUCGUUUAUCAGUUACACCUUUCAUAUUAAUAGCUUAAGUGGAUAUAAACAUACAAAGCUAUGCUACAGUGGCCAGAAGUGUUACCGAAUACCAGAAGCCUUAGUUAAAAUGUACGGACCAAAGGUACAAAGCUUAGACCUAAGUUAUAACGAACUGGUCUCGCUGCGUGGUAUGGAAGGAUUUCCUUUGCUGAGGGAAUUAGUUUUGGAUAAUAAUCAACUUACGGAUUCCCUAGUUUUACCUUAUCUACCGCACUUGCAUACCUUAUCAUUAAAUAAAAAUUGCAUUAACGACAUUGAACUUUUGAUAACCAAGAUUAUUCACAAUUUACCUACUUUAACAUAUUUAAGUCUAUUGGGGAACAAAGCGUGCCCGAAUCAGCUAUCAGACAUUGAUAAGGAUGAAGAGGAUUAUCAAAGGUAUCGGUAUUACGUUUUGCAUCGGCUUCCGGCGUUACAAUUUUUAGACUCUACAAAGGUGAAAGAUUCCGAACGCCUAGAGGCAAAGCUCAGAGGCCAAUACAUGAAAAUAAUUCGUCCCAAACAUGUUAAUUUAAAUAUAGCGGGAGACGCCGUUUUGCAAACCUUAACGCCUCUCCCGCGAAGUGUACGUAAACCCGAGGACCAUCGAGGUGCUUACGAAAGGUGCAAAUAUCGAUACUCUGGAAAGAACUCUGAAGGAAAUCGGUUUAUUUCGAACAAUGAUCUGUAAUUUAUAUUGUAAUGUAAGGUAGUAUUUAUAAAGAAGAAAUGCGUGACAG